CUUUCUGUUGAUGUAAUUAUUAGGUAUGUAACGAUCUCUGCAUGAGCUUUUUUAUUUCUCAAUUAUCAAUCGAUUGUAUUUAUGAAGGAAUUCCCCCAAAAUUGUAGUUACACUGUUCGAUUAUGUUGUUCUAACUGCAUUUUGGAUGUUACCUUUGUAAUCGCUGGAGUUUUAGGUGAAUUUUGUCGAAAUUAGUUCAGUUUUUAUGUAUAUUUUUGUUAAAUAUAUGAGAUAGCAUGUAAACGAUCGAAUUUUUAGGCUGUUUAGUUGAUUAUGGCUUGCGUUUGAUGGUUUUUCAGGUUUGGUUGAAAUUAUAAUGGAUGAUUGAGGUUUGUUAGGGUUUUUCUGUUGCCAAUUUUAGUGUUUAUGGUACGAUUUUGUUUAUAUCGUGUGUUAAUUGCACCAUCUCUUUGUACUGUUUGAUAAUGUACCGAUCAUUUUGUUGUAGUGUUCAAUUGGUGCAAUUAACAAGAGUAAAAAAAAGAAAAUGAAAAACUGAGGAACACUUGUAGGUAAAUUUUCCGGUAUGUACCAUCUUCAUUACUUGUAUGCACCUUUGGAGAUGGACCCACGUGGUGCACUUCGAUCCUCUGUCAUAGUGUAAAAAAUUAUGUCAACUUAUCAAUUUGUUGUAUGCCGCUAUGUAUAUUUUAAACUAAGUUUCCCUUGGUAGAGUUUGUUUGCAAUGCUUUUCUUCCACCCUAACCCGAGUUCGAAUUUCGCUAUGUCAUUUUGUUAGUUUUUAGCUUUUAACCUCACUCAUCUCAUGUAUUUAAGAAAAAGUUUACAUCGAAAACUAAAUUAAUUUAGACAAAAUUCAUGUAAGUCGUCUAAAAACACAGCGGCUUUAAAGCUAACAUCCAAAAUGCAGUUAGAGCAAGAUAAUCGAGCCCCUGUAUUGUUAGGAUCAAUAACUGUUCUUUGUAUUAUUAUAUUUUCUGCCAGUCUUUUGAGUUCAUCUUAUGAUAAUUUCAGCAUUUUAGUUUAAGGAAAAUAUAAUAAUCUUUGAGCGAGGUUAAUUAUCUUGAACUGUUGGUUCUUAAUUUUAUUUUCUGUCUGAAUUUUAAUAGUCCCUUUUGAUAUUCUUAAUACAACUGCCGCUUUUUGAAGCAGAGAAUGCGCUAAUUUGACAGUGAAUCUUCUUCUUUAUGUUGAACAGAUUGAGAGCUUCUUUCUGCAAGGUUAUAAGGUUAUAGAGAAAUGGGUGAUCAUGCUCCUGGUGACGAUAGUGAGAAUAUUGAUUGGGAUACCGAAGAUGAACUCGAAAUCCAGAACAUAGCCCCAUCAUCUUGUGCACAAUUAAUAACUAGGGAUACUGAAGCUGUUAUUAGCAAUGGAAAGGCGAGCUCAUCAGCAGGUCCUUCAAACACCAAGUUGGUUGAGCAUUUCUUAGGGAUGGGAUUCCGUGAGCAAUGGGUUACAAAAGCAAUUGAAAAAAAUGGGGAAGGUGACCACGAGUCCAUACUGGAUACUCUAUUUGCAUACCAGGCUCUUGAAGACCCUCAACAGGGACAUAACUCAUGUCACCCGAAUCACCUCAACUCUCCUCAGCAACAACAAUGUGUAAAUGAUGAUGACUUGUCUUCUGACUACGAUGAGAGUCUUCUUGAUGAUUUCUCCGAGUCUGACAGCUGGCUCGGCAGUGAAACUGAGGAUUUCGAUUCUUUACCUGAACAUGAGAAAACAUUAAAAUACUUGGUGGCUAUGGGGUAUACAGAAGAAGAGGCUUCAAUAGCGAUGGAAAGAUGUCCUGGUGCCUCGAUUGCAGUCCUAACGGAUUUUAUUGGUGCUGCUCAAAAUGCAAAGACGGAACCCGUAUUUUUUGAGGAUGAGAAACGCAAAAACUUAGGGGAGAAUGGGAAACUUAAGAAGAGGAAAUUGUAUGAGCUCGAGGCCUGGAAACGAAAUAAGCAGAAGGGUCCGCUGACUGAACAAGAUGAAGUCAUCCGUCUUCCGAACCCAAUGACUGGCUUUGGAGUUCCAUCAGAACCUUCGAGUAUGGUGACUCAUAGAACACUCCCCGAUGAUGCCAUUGGACCUCCGUUCUUUUACUACGAGAAUGUUGCUCUAGCUCCAAAAGGAUCUUGGGAUACCAUUUCUCGCUUCCUUUAUGACGUGGAGCCCGAAUUCGUUGAUUCCAAGUAUUUUUGCGCGGCUGCAAGAAAACGAGGAUAUGUUCACAAUCUCCCAAUAAAUAACAGAUUCUGUAUUCUUCCUCUUCCUCCCCGCACGAUAAGUGAUGCAUUGCCGUUAACAAAGAGAUGGUGGCCUGAAUGGGAUAAGCGUACGAAGCUGAACUGCUUACAAACGGUUAUUGCAAGUGCAAAGUUGACGGAAAGGAUCCGGAAGGAUCUAGAAAAAUACAGUGAUUAUGUACCGCUCGAUGUGCAGAAGAAGGUUAUCGAGGAUUGCCGAAAGUGGAACCUAGUUUGGGUAGGAAAAAACAAGGUUGCACCUUUGGAACCAGAUGAAGUGGAAAUGUUAUUGGGGUUCCCCAGAAACCAUACAAGAGGAGGUGGUAUAAGCAGGACGGAUAGAUACAAAUCCCUUGGUAACUCAUUUCAGGUCGACACAGUAGCUUACCAUCUCUCCGUAUUGAAGGACAUAUUUCCAAAAGGUAUAAACAUGCUCUCUCUUUUCUCUGGUAUCGGUGGUGCUGAAGUUGCUCUCCACCGGCUCGGGAUUCUUCUAAACAACAUUGUGUCGGUCGAAAUCUCCGAAGCUAACCGAGACAUAGUUAGGAGCUGGUGGGAACAGACAAACCAAAAGGGCAAUCUUGUCCAUUUGCCAGAUGUUCAACAAUUGAACGGUGAUCAGCUUGAGCAAUUUAUCUCUUCUUUCGGUGGUUUUGAUCUUGUGGUUGGCGGCAGUCCAUGCAAUAAUCUCACGGGCAGUAACCGGGUAAGCAGAGACGGACUCCAAGGUGACCAUUCUUCUCUGUUUUACGAUUAUUUUCGUAUCCUAGAUACAGUUAAAAGUAUAAUGAAUAAACAAAACUAAUCCUAGUCUUCCUAACGGGUCGAAAACUUGAUUUGAUGGUUCAAUCUGUAUCUAAGUCGAAAUCUCCAUGGCCCCUUUUUGUUUCGUAUGUUUCUUUUAGCGAAUAUUUAGGUCAAGACUCGGUAGUAAUAUUAGAAAGUGUUAGCGAAUAACUUAGGAAGCAGACGUGGUUCUCUGCAAAUAUUUAACGAUGGUUAUAAUGUAUGCGGAUACUAUGUUCGUUGUGUAAAUAGUACAUGUUUUGUAACUGUUCUGCAUCCAAAUAUUAGGGCCUAUUUGUUAA